CUAUAUCUUUCUUAGCGUAAUCUUGCUCUGGAAAUGUGCAACGUGUUAUAGCAAGGCAAUUAAGGGCUAAAGAUCUCAAUCAAUAGAGCUAGUUACAGUUGCUUCGAAUGGUUCCAGGCGAUGUGCAGCGAUUUUCCCCAGGGCACCUGCAGGCAGGACCCAUGUGGUCGUAAUGUCUCCUGUUAGGUGGGCGUCUUGUGGGGCGGGGACAUGACUUUACACCCCUGCCCCCCUCUCACCCCCCUCUGGUAUAUGAAGGGGACGUAUGGGUCCUGAAUAGUUGUAUCUGCUAUUUCACAGGUGAUGUUCCAAGCGACCUGGAUUGUGUAGUGUUCUGGAAGAUCGUAAAGGAAUUGCUUUUUGGUUGAUUACAAUUUGUGAUCUUCUUCGGCCGAGAACUGUUUUUAACUCUGAUCGUCAGUAUUUUCGGAGAGAAGGAGCAGAGAUUUGAGAGACGCUGAACAGGAAAAGUUAUUCCGUGGUAAUAGAUUAAAGAAAUACUUUCAAAAUGCCUCGUUCAUUCCUUGUGAAGAAAUACUUCACUAACAAGAAACCAAACUACAGUGAACUGGAAAGUCAAAAUGGUCCACUGUUUGCUGUAGUUCCUGAGAGGUAUCCACUAGCCGAGCUGCCCACAGAGAAUGGCUCAGUGGUGCCGGGCUACCCAGUAGGACUGGUGUGGGACAUGUCUGCACUGCCCCUGUCCUUCACCCCAGUGUCCCCAACCACCCCCUCCCCGAUAGCCCCCCUGGACCUCAGCUCCCCAUCCAGCAGCAGUAGCAGCAGCAGCAGCAGCGGGGACGAGGAUGAGGGACGCACGUCGGACCCCCCGAGCCCGGACCCCACGGAGCGUUUCCAGUGCGCCCACUGCGGCAAGAGCUGCAGCAGCCCAGCCGCACUAUCCCGGCACCAGUUGACCCACUGUGGGCGUACGGAGAUGGUCAUCGCCUCGUCCACCAUCACGACAGUGGCGGCGCCUUCAUCUGCCCGCUCCAGCUUCCACUGCAAACACUGCCCCAAGGAGUACACCAGCCUGGGCGCGCUCAAGAUGCACAUCCGGUCCCACACACUGCCCUGUGUGUGCACCACCUGUGGCAAGGCCUUCUCCAGGCCGUGGCUGCUGAGAGGCCACAUCCGCACACACACAGGUGAGCGUCCAUUCUCCUGUCCUCACUGUAACCGGGCUUUCGCGGACCGUUCCAACCUGCGGGCCCACCUGCAGACCCAUUCCGAGGUGAAGAAGUACCAGUGCGGCACCUGCUCUCGCACCUUCAGUCGCAUGUCCCUGCUGCACAAACACAGCGCCUCCGGCUGCUGCCCCUCCACCUAGAGGAGAAGAGCGUGAAAGAAACAGAGAGAAAGAGAGACGGAAAGACUACUGUUAAUCUGUUGCUCCCACACCACUGCUGGCAUGCUGUUGUUCAGCCCAUUUGACCUAGACAGACAGAGACACAGAGAGAGAGAGGAGGUGUUGGGUUGUACUGAAUAGUGGCAUAAGCGGUGGGUGUCAAGUGCCUUAACGAAACAGUGUGCACUAGUCCAGGUUUAUGCUGGAAACUCACCAGAGAUGCCAGUACAUGUACAUAAUCAUACGUGCACCAAGGGGGCUUUUGGGGAGGAUUUUUUGGAAUGGGGGGGGGGGCAUGAGAGGGUAGCUUGUACAAAAGGGGGGCAGCUGGGCAUGCAGUUUAUUCCCAGGAUGUCCCUCGGUGCCGGCUGGUCCGGGAUUGUGACGAUGCAGCUGCUGGAGAGAGAGAGAGAGUGUCUCUGUGUGUGUGUGUGUGUGUGUGUGUUGGUGGCGCAUGUAUGCAGAGUGGGGGUCAUCUCUCACCACGCUCCACACACUUCCAGGGACGUAUUGAGACAGCUGUCUCCCCGCUGUGGUGCAGUGGAGGCGGGGUGCUGACAGAUGCGUUAGCCCUGACCUCGUCCACAACCCCGUCCGUCGAGCCUCCUGUCCGACAUCACCUGCUGCUCGGCCCAGCGGCGGCGGGGCACUAGGAGGAUCUGGCGGCCAGAACAUCAAAUGUGCCCAACACACCCAUGGUACUUUUUUGUAAAGAAAGGACAGAAAGAGGCCAUAACAGAGAUUCAUUUGAUGUGGUUUCCCACACAGUUGGUUGAAGGGCUUCUUUUAAUAUUCCAACAAUGUUUCUUUACUUUUUUUUGUGCUGUUUUUGUGUCUGUAUGCACAACUCCUGGUGUUAAGGUGUGAGUGUCCACUUUAUACACUUUAAACUGGAACAUCUCUGCAGUAUGUUGUAGUAUUGGUUCUCAAACCAAAAAGGGGUGCCAUGACCCCAGUACUGUGUGUGUGUGUGUGUUUGCAACACUUCCAUGCUUGUCUUAAAAUGCUGUUUGUGUCUGUUUUGGAGAAUGUCGGACAGAGAGAGAGAGAGAUACUGUUAAUGGGACAAAUUAUAGCUCCUGCCGUCUCCUCUGUCCCUAUGUAAGCCAAAAUGUUAAGACACAGAGAUAGCCAAAACCGCUUGUGUAUGUGCUUUUUUUUUUUUUAAAAAAAGACUGUAAUUUAAACAUGGGAGUAACUAUGGAAACGCUGUGCAAUCUGUUUUGGCAAUCACAUUUUUGAUGAUAUAUAUUUCUACACUUUUGUACGAACGACCUGCGGGCUUUCAAUAAAAUAAUUUAUGUUUGAUAAAAAAAA